AUGGACAUCAAUUUUUUUGGCCCUAAAUCAGCAGAGUUACUUGCUAAUCAAGUCUCCGAUUAUAUCAUGAGUUGCUUCCGUUUUCGCGAUACUGGUGUGGGGUUUGAUCCUCCUUCUAGGGUGGUUUUCGUGGCGGAUGUUCGUGUUGAUGGUCUACUUGAGGAGACAAAUGGUACAAUAGAUGCUAAUAAUUUUACUGGUUCUGAUUUUAUGGCUCUUUUACACUAUCUUGAAGCUCAAUCUGUUGAGGAAACUGUCAUGUUGGAGUACUUGAAUGGAUUUUUUCAAAAAUAUAAUCUUGAUUAUGAGAUAACGUCUAAUAAUGUUGGUAAUCCCAAUCAUGGAAUAGAUGUCAAUGUUGAGGAUGAUGAUGAUAAUCAUGAUGGAUCUGCUAGUGUUAACCAUGAUGGUGAUGAUGAUGUUAACCAUGAUGGUGAUGAUGUUCAUGAUGUUCCUAUUGUUGAUUUGGAGACUGACAUUACUAGUGACGAUAUGGAUAGAAUGGUUAGAAUCUUACAUGAGGCUACUUCCAAUAAUGUUACACCCUACUAUCUAAGGGAAAUUUCUGAUGAGGAAAAUAAUAAUCAUAAUGAUGAUGGUAAUGAUGAUGGUGUUAACCAUGAUGAUGGUGAUGAUGUUAACCAUUAUGAUGAUAAUGUUCAUGAUGAGGUUCCUCUGAUUGAUGUGGAUCAGAAUAUUAUUCUUAGUACUGAUAUGGAUAGAAUGGAACUUCUUAACGAGGAAAAUUAUAAUCAUAAUGAUGGUGGUACUGAUGAUGAUGUUAACCAUGAUGAUCAUGACGAUGUUCAUGAGGUUCCUAUGAUUGAUGUAAGUAGAAUCCUACAGGAGGCUGGUUCCAAUACUGUUCCCUAUAGUUAUCUAAGAAGGGAACUUCUUAACGAGGAAAAUUAUGAUCAUAAUGAUGAUGGUAAUGAUGAUGGUGUUAACCAUGAUGAUGUUUAUGAGGUUCAAGAGGCUAUUAUUUUCAGUAAUGUUCUCGAUGAUCCAAUUGACCUUUUUGACGAGGAAAACAAUAAUGGGGGAGAUGAUAUAAUUAAGGAGUGGUGUGAACUAGAGGAAGCUAAGGAUGGCAAUGAAGAUGAAUUUAGCCAUAUUCUUAGCAUUUUAAAGAACUGGUGGGUUGAUAACCUUUUAGAAGAUGACAAUAAUCCUAGUAUAAGUAUAAAUUUAAAGGAAACGAGUUUACAUAAACCCAAACGUAAACCCAAACGUACCAAGGAUGAACAAGAUCAGGUAAGAACAAAGAGGUUAUUAAAGGUCAAACCAUCAAUAGAAUUACUAGAAGCUGAUCAUGUGGAAUUAGGUGAAGAUGAUAUGUGUUCUAUUUGCCUUGACAAGAUAUCAAGUGGAGUGGAACUCAUAAAGAUUAGUCGUUGUAAGCAUGUGUUUCAUAGAAAGUGCUUAUUUAAAUGGCUUUCAGAGAAACAAUCAUGUCCUUAUUGUCGUUUGAGUAGUUUAUCGUAUGUAUAUGUUAACAGGUAG